AUGAUCCAUGACCUGGUCAUCGCCGGUAUCAUCUUUCGCUUUGAAGCCGGCAUUCUGCUCGUCAUUAUCGUUGCUCUCGAAUGGCUCGUUUAUCGCACCUUGCCAUUCAAGUUUAUGGUCGUACAUGGCUUGGCUAGCGCUCUCGUAAGCCUGGCGCUGACCGUCUCCGUCGAUUCUUAUUUUUGGCAACGCACAAAUGACGAUGGUGGCAUAUCACUCUUGUGGCCCGAAGGUGCGGUCUUUUACUUUAACGUCAUCUUGAACAAGAGUUCAGAAUGGGGCACAUUGCCAUUCUAUGUCUACUUUGUAUCGUUCCUUCCUCGACUGCUCUUGAUAUCCUAUCCGCUGGCCUGGAUUGCGUUUAUCCGUGAUGCACGCGUUCGCCGCAUCAUGAUACCCUCGUUGAUCUAUAUUGGUCUGUUCUCGUGUGUCCCGCAUAAGGAAUGGCGGUUCAUCAUCUAUGUACUCCCAAUUUUUACCGCAGCGGCAGCAUCAUUGGUCGGCAAUGCAUUAUCCGUGGCCCGAACACGGUCAUCUAAAUUCAUGAUUGCCACACUGGCUGCUGGAGGCAUGUUGGCGUCGCUCGGAUGCUCGUUAUUGAUGCUAUACGUCUCGAUGCACAACUAUCCUGGUGGCCAUGCAUUACGUCGACUCCAUCAGAUUGCUGCAGCCGAUUCUACACCAGUUUCAGUUCAUAUGGAUGUGCCUACUGCUAUGUCGGGUGCUUCGCGUUUCGGCCAAGUUGCUCAUCCGCAAUGGUCCUACCACAAAAACGAAUCUCACAUCACGCCAGACGAUUACAUUGAAGCGGAGUACACGUAUCUCAUCACCAGUGACCCUGCAUUCCACCACAAGCAAUUCCAACUCGUGGAUCAGACAUGGGGUCUCGAAGCUGUCAAACUCAAAGCGCCAAAGGUCUAUCUCGACAACCUCAAGCAUUCCAUCAAUGAUCCAUGGGGCCUUUUGCCAGUCGACAUCGUCAUUCAACCCAAACUGUAUACCUUGAAACUGAUGAAUCCCCAAACAACCUGGAUUCAACACACGUUACGCAAACAUCGAGUGGUACUUUACAGCAAGACUUAUUGCCCUUAUUGCAGACGCGCCAAACAAGUCUUGAACCGAGUGUGUAAAGGUAGCUACCUUGUAAUCGAGGUGGAUCAACGUCGCGACGGGCUGGCGCUGAAGCAAUCGUUGAUCGACUUGACGGGUCGUCGGACAUUUCCAAAUCUUCUUGUGGAUGGCCAAACUAUUGGCGGAUCGGAUGAAAUACUGCAUUUGGAGAAAUCAGGCAAGCUAUCCGAGAUACUCCCAUGUAACCCCUAG